AUGGUUUACGCCGCGCCCGCCGAUGGCUCCGUAGUGUUCGCAACCUCCACCGGAAGGGUGCCCCGGGAUGAGGAAGGGCGGGCAACGGGUUCCCUCCCGCAGAAGCGGCUGACCCUCCUCGCUGCCAACGAGCGACUGAUGGCCAAGGCCGAGGACUUUCGUUCCGAAAUCAUCCUGCGGAGGUUGGUGAAGAAGAAUGCUUUGCGUGAGGGUCGGACACUUAAAAAGUCCAAGAUGUCCACCUUUAUGGGCUUCUUGCCGUUUGGGAAGCGCGGCUUCCUCCACCGGCGAGCACGGGACCGCGCGGAGGCCCACCUGGGGGAGGCCACGCUGAAGCUCACCAGCAAGGGUAUCUUGGAGGUAUCGGUCGACGGCACCGUCGUUCUGCGCAAGAAGGGGCCAUCAUAUUUUGGCUUUCGGAGAACCGACCCUAGCUACGAACUCCAAGUGACCGAGGAGGGGAUCGAAGUGUCCCGAAGAGGGGAUUUCGUCUGGGGCGUCAAGGCUGAGGACAUAUUUUAG